AUGGAGAAUUAUGAGCCCUUGGAAAUAAUUGGUACUGGUUCAUUCGGGCUAAUUCGUAAAGUAAGAAGAAAGUCCGAUGGAAAGAUACUGGCUCGUAAAGAGAUCGAUUAUCGGUGUAUGAGUGAUAAAGAGAAACAACAACUCGUGUCAGAGGUCAAUAUUAUUCGCGAACUUAAGCAUCCAAAUAUUAUACUAUCGGCACUUCAUGAAUGUCAUUAUGGUUAUGGUAACAGCAAGAGUGACUCUUCGCAAACUAAACACACCACAAUUCUUCAUCGUGAUAUUAAGCCAGAUAAUGUUUUUUUGGAUAGUAACAACAAUAUUAAAUUGGGUGACUUCGGCUUGUCGAGGACCUUAAAUCCAGAAAGGGAAUUAGCACGGACGUAUGUUGGUACUCCCUUUUAUAUGUCACCCGAAUUAAUAACCAAAUCGCUUUACGAUGUUAAAUCAGACAUAUGGGCUCUUGGAUGUUUACUGUACGAACUUUGUGCCUUGCAGCGCCCAUUUCAAGCCAUAUCGCCAACAGAAUUGGUAUCUAAAGUUAGAAAGGGUAAAAUUCCACCUAUACCGUCACAAUAUUCGGAGGAAUUGAAUCGAGUCAUCAAAGCGAUGUUAGAUGUUGAUCCAGUUAACCGACCUAACACCACAGAAUUUUUUAAACUAGAAAGGGUAAGAAAUUGCAAAGAACAGAUGGAGAUGUUGAAAUCGAAUUCUGAUCUUAAACAUCGCGAGGAAGAAUUGAAUUCUAGAAUAAAACAGCGUGAAGAGGAACUAGGUUAUAGAGAGGCAGCUUUGCACACACGCGAAAUGUUACUGGUUAGUAAGGAGGAGGAAUUGAGAAGUGGUUUCUCGGAACUUCAACUUCGAAAAGAGCAAUUCGAUGCAGAAAUUAAACGUCACGCUGAAAAUUUGAACGUGGAAAUCGAAC